AUGAGAUCAGAUACGACAUCGUACCAGACAAAAUCAACCUGAAAACCAGAAACAUCAGGGCUUCAGAAUUUGCCUCAAAUCCCGGUAAUUAAUUCACCCAAAUUUCAGAUUUCAGAACAAUUUAAAAUCCUCAUCAGCUGAAGGGGUAGAAGAUGAUGACGAUGAAGAGAAGAGCUUCUUCUGCGGUGAUUGUUUCCAUUGCUCGGUCUCAGGGAGCAGGGGCUUCAUCAGGUACUCUUGCUCCUGCAGGUUGUACUAUUGCAUCAUUUCUCUCUGCAUUCCCAAACCAUAAAUCCCAUUUGGCUUUUUAUUCUGCUAUUAGUGGUAAGGUUAAGAGUUCUUCUGGAAAAGCUCUGAAAUUUCAACCUGAAUUAAGGAAUGAUCUUAAUAAUGUCAACAGUCUUGAUGAUGCAUUGAGCUUGUUCGAGCGGAUGGUCCGGAUGAGGCCUCUGCCUUCUGUUAUACGAUUCAAUCAACUGCUGACUUGUAUUGUUAAGAUGAAGAAUCAUUAUUCUUCAGUUAUUUCCCUUUUUAGAGAUAUGUCUGCCAAGGGCAUUCCUAUUGAUGAUUACACCCUCACUCUUGUGAUUAAUUGUUGCUGCUUGGUGGGCCGAGUGGAUUUAGCUUUUUCUACAUUGGCUGGCUUCUUCAAACGUGGUUUUGUCCCUGAUGCAGUCACCUUUAGUACUCUACUCAGAGGACUCUUUCGAGAAUGUAAGAUUCCCCAGGCACAAGAAUUAUUUAAAAAGAUAAUAUUCGAAAAACUUUGCGAGCCCGAUGAAGUUAUCUUUCUGGUUGUGAUAGAUGGGCUCUGCAAGGCGGGCAACACUCAAAUGGCCAUUGAAUUCCUAAGACUCAUGGAAAAAAGAAGAAGAUGUAAGCCCAACGUUUAUGUGUAUGGUGCAAUCAUUGACAGCUUGUGCAAGGAUAAAAUGGUUGAUGAAGCUCUUGCCCUCUUACAGGAGAUGUUUGAAAAGGGCAUUCCCCCAGAUGUUGUCAUUUACAAUUGUUUGAUUCAAGGUUUCUGCAAUUUAAGUAAAUGGAAGGAGGUUAAAAGGCUCUUCUCUGACAUGAAGGAUUACAAAAUUGUUCCAGAUGUUAUUACUUUUAAUAUAGUGGUGGAUGCAUUGUGCAAGGAAGGACAUGCAAAAGAUGCUGAAGAGGUAGUCGGCAUCAUGAUUCAGCAAGGUCAGAAUCCCAACGUGGUCACAUACAAUUCCUUAAUGGAUGGAUAUUGUUUACAACGCCGAAUAGAUGAAGCAAGGAGAGUAUUCGAUACUAUGGUUGCUAGCGGCCUUACUCCAGAUGCUCAUAGCUAUGCUGUUUUAAUAAAUGCCUAUAACAAGAACAAGAAAGUGGAAGCAGCCAUGAAUCUCUUUCAAGAGAUUCGGCAUAAAGGUUUAUCAUGUGAUAUUGUUGUUUAUACCACUGUAUUGCAGGGGUUAUUUAGCGCAGGAAUGUAUCCUAGUGCAAGAGAAGUUUUUGAUGAGAUGCAAGCUUCUGGCAUAAAGCCUAAUUUUCACACUUACUGCGUGAUGUUGGAUGGGUUAUGCAAGACUGGACAUGUCGACGAAGCAUUGCAGUUAUUCCAUGCAACCGAAGCCGAUGGAACAGAUCUUCACAUUAGAAUGUACAAUAUCAUGCUUGAUGGGUUGUGCAAAUGCAGGAGGCUCGAUAGUGCCCGAGAUCUUUUCAAAAAUCUCUCCCUUAAAGGAUUGGACCCUGAUGUCAUAACGUACAACACCAUGAUUGCUGGCCUGCUUUCAGAAGGUCUGCUCAUCGAAGGUAAAGAGCUCGUUGAAAAAAUGGAAGAGAAGGGUAGCUUGGCAAAUAGUGUUACAUACAAUGUCAUUCUGCAAGGACUCCUUAAGGGAGGUCAUUAUGAUGAUGCGAUGGUCUAUCAUGAAGAAAUGGUUCAUAGAGGAUUCUUGCUGGAUGCAUCUACAUUUUCCAUUUUACUUGAUUUAUCUGCUGAGAAUCAGAACAAUCCUUCUGUGCUAAUGUUGAUGCUGAAGAUUGAUCCCAAUAGCAAGAAGUUCAUGGAUGGGGGACAAAGAGGACCUUCACAUUAGUUGUAAGAUGUUGGUCCUGCAGUGUUUUGGCCCCUAAACUUUAAUUUGUUGGAAAAAACAUUAAUUAGGUUUGCAUUUGAUCCUGUUAUCGCUUUUCAUCUUUGUUGCAACUGAGCCUUAGGAGAACUCUCGUGGUGAUUUUUAGUGAAACACCUCAGAGAUCAUGAAUCUGGCAGAGAAGCCGCAUUCCUUGGUGAUCUCUCAACAGUCUCUGCCAUAAAGGAUUGGACCUUGAUGAGAAAACAUACACCCCAAUGAUUGCUGGCCUUCUUUCAGAAAGCCUGCUUGCAGAAGCUAAAGAGCUUUUCGAGAAAAUGGAAGAGAAUGGUUGCUGGCACAGUGUCAUGUUCAAUGUUAUUUUGCAAGGACUUUUGAGGGGAGGUCACUAUGAUGAUGCAGUGGUGUAUUAUGAAGAAAUGGUUCGGAGAGAAUUCUUGCUGGAUUCAUCUACUUUUUCCGUUUUACUUGAUUCAUCUGCAGGAAGACAGAACAAUCCUUCUCUACUUAUGUUGAUGCUGAAGAUUGAUCCUGAUAGCAAGAUGUCCAUGAUUGGGGGAUGAAUGGGACCUUCACAUUAGUUACAACUCGGUAGUCCUGAUGUUUUGGCCCUUAAACUUUAAUUGUGCUGGAACUAACAUUAUCUAGACCUCAAACCUGGAAAACCUGGAGAGAAAGGCCUAGACUGGACUAAUUGGAAAAGAACAGCUUUUGGUACUGCACAGAGCCUAGAAUACCUAUAUGAGCAUUGCAAUUUGAAAAUCAUAAACUGAGAUUGAGGGCUGCAACUAUCGCCCUGGAUGGUGACUUUGACUCUGUUCUUGGAGAUUUUGGGCUUGUAAAGCUGGUGAUUACAAACUAACACACAUCACAAAUCAAGUCCGGGGAACCAUGGGACACAUUGCCGCUGAAUAUUUGUUGACUGGAAACUCUUUAGAGAAGACAGUGCAUUUGGCUAUGGUAUAACAUCUUCUGGAACUUGCAACUGGUCAGUGUGCAAUAGAUUUCUUUUGGCUUGAAGGAGGAUGAUCUACUGCUAGAGCAUAAACUUAUUAAGCUAAGCGCAAAGCAAUUCUGAGGGUUUAUGUCUCUGGCUCUAAGGUAUUUUUCUAUCAUUUAAAUUGCUCAAAGCUUUGUCAGGUGUUAAAGAGAUUAGAAAAACUCAAGUAGGCAUAUAGAUGAAAUGUAAGAUCAGAAUACUGUUCAGGAACGCUCCAUGUGUCUAUUCCUACUCCGGAUGGUCUCAGUAGCAAAGCUGAGUAACUCUCCUUGCUACUGUUUAGGAAAUAUGUGUUCCUCGAGACAAUUCUUCAGGUUGCAGUGCUUUGCACCGAAACUCAACACCAGAAGACCGUCCAAAAAUGGCAGAAGUUGUAAACUGCAGGCAGUGGGAUCAUUUGCAAGAUGGGCAGAGUGGGAGCUGCUUGAAGAAGUAAGAAAAUCAGGAACUCGUUCUCAUGUCCCACCAGUUUCUCUGGGCUGAUGAAUCUACACAAGAUCAAGAAGCUAUUCAGUUGUCACGAGAAAGAUAGGUCCUCUGCCGGGCAGAUCUGUAAACAAGGUCACUGAAGGCUUGUAUACCACAUUACCACAUUGAUGAAAACCUUUGUCAAAGUUAGGAUCAAAAGUAAAAAUGUAGCUAAAAAUGAGAAUUGGGACAAAAAUAGGACAUUUUGGAUAUGUGAAGGGUCAAAAAAUACCAUAGUAACAGUGUGGAUUGAAAAAGUGUGAAAUCUCUUAUGCAAGGGAUCAAAAUGAAUCAUUCUAAAAGUGAGUAAUUAAAAGACUACAAAACUCAAA